AUGGCAGGAUCUGCGAAACUGCCGGACAAUAUAUUCCCAGUGAAGAAUUUCAUUUCUGAUCUACCAAGUGACCUGAUCGUCCCGAAAUCCUCCGAGCAUGCUUUCCCUCGCCGGCGCCUAGUCAUCGUAGGCGAUGUCCAUGGCAUGCGAAAAUCUCUGGAAGCUCUCCUGGAAGAAGUCAAAUUCGACAAAGCCAACGGUGACCAUCUGAUUCUAGUCGGCGAUCUUAUCAACAAGGGACCCGACAGCCCUGGCGUCGUGGAUCUGGCCAUGAAGCUAGGCGCUAGCGCCGUGCGAGGCAACCACGACAACGCCGUGCUGGAUGCCUCGGCGGAACUCAAAGAUGAAAGCCGCAGGCAAGCCAUCCUCGACGCACUGAGCGCCCAUGGCCAUGCGCAGCCUGAGGCGGGUACAGUGGAUUCGAAAAAUGACGCGGUCUCCGCCGAGAAUUCACGUUCUACAACGGAACCCCAGAUGAGGCACGGCUUAAACUGCUACCGGACCGCACUCGAGCUUUCAGGCACGCAUCUGGAGUGGUUGGCAAAUUUGCCAUUGAUUUUGCGGCUCAAGCUCCCUCUUCAUAUAUCACCUUUUCUUGGUGACACGCUGGUCGUGGUGCAUGCGGGUCUUGUACCCGGGCUCCCUCUCGAAGCACAGGAUGCUCAUACUGUGAUGCACAUGCGCAGCUUCACACGCUCGCCCGAGGACGGCAAUGCUUUGGUGGCCAGUGAGGAGUUUGGGGAAGAAGGAUGGGCUACGCAAUGGGAUCGGGCUGGUAUCUCGAAUCACGGUGGUUUUUGCCAUGACGCCAAGCGCCGCUUGCAAUUGAACAAGCAUGCAAUUGGCUUAGACUCAGGAUGCCUAUAUGGGAACAGGCUCAGCGCACUUGUGAUAGAGUUCGGUGAAGCCACGGUCAAUCACCAUGUUACGCAGGUAGAGUGUGCGGAUGACCCUAUAGCCCCGAAGGUAGCCACAGGAUGA